AUGGCGCAAGAUCGAAGUCUCCCCAAAAAACUAAAUCCUCUGAUGACGGAAGAGCUUCCAUCUUAUGAAACCUUGGUAGCAAGGCGACGCCUUGGUCAGACUGAGUUGACCGUCAAAAUAGUUGCUGGGACACCUGUUUCCAAAGCUAAGAACUCUACCACGUUUGACUACGCUCAUCUACGUGCACCACUUCCAAAAGGAGUCGUAUCGGGAAUUUUCAACCCAUCACCGCCAUCCUACUUUUUGAUGCGCCGCAGUGAUGAUGGAUACGUAAGCGCCACUGGUAUGUUCAAGGCGACGUUUCCCUACGCAACAAUUGCGGAAGAGGAACAAGAGCGGAAGUAUAUAAAAUCAUUACCAAGUACAAGCAACGACGAAACUGCUGGAAAUGUGUGGAUUCCACCACACCACGCUCUAGAGCUAGCUGAAGAAUAUCAGAUCCUUCUAUGGAUUCAGGCAUUGCUAGAUAAUACGCCUAUUGAUACAGCUCCCUCUAAGGAUGAUAAAAGAAUAAUAACCCCCCCUCCUCCAUACCUGCCAAACUCCAAGUCAAUAAUUCCGCUUACUUCGUUGCGUGCUCGUCCUCCAAGAUUAAUUUCUUCCAGCGCGAAUGUCUCGCCCAGAAAGAUUGCUGCAAUUAGAACUCGCACAUCUAAAAUAAACACCAGGACAGAAACUAAAUCCUUUGCCGAGAAUUCAAAAGCCCAGACUCAGACCGAUAUUACAGGGGCUACAGAGACUUCCUCUGAAACAGUAACUCAAGAGAUGGAGAACAACUUGUCUACAGAGCCAGUUGAGACGCCAAUUGUAGCCAAUUGUUCUCUUGAGCUUAAUGAUUUAUCGCCAGACUUUGAGGCGAAGUCAGAACCCGAGACUGCGGAAAGGUGCGAAGAAAACCUUGAGACAGACCCCUAUCACGAUACAAGUUCAACAAUUUUAGAAACAGCGUCAUCAUCGUCAUCUCAUGAAUCCGAAGGUACAGAUCAUGAAUUUACGAUAACAUCAUCAGUAAUUUCAGAAGAACCUCCUGAACCAUUGCAUAUUAAAGAAAACAACUUUAAAGUGACAAGCGAAAAAGAAUAUUCUACGUCUGCAUUACCAUCUCCAGAGGAAACUAAAGAAAUUUUAAUCAAGGCUAGAGAAAUGGUCGAAGCUGCUCUAGAGCAUGAUAACAAAACACCAAUAUCGAGAAGUUCAAAGCGAAAAUCAGAUAAGAUUCAAGCAGAAUCUCAUGAUAGCUCUGAAUUCAGCGAGAAGGAUUUGGAUAGAAAGAGACGUAAAAUUGGAGAGAUUGAGCUUAAAAAAGAAAAGAUUAAAAGUCGUGCUCUACUUGGUAUCACCGCGACGCUUGCGAUUGGGUAA